AUGUGUGAUAUAUUUCCUGACGUGGAAAAUUGUUGUCUUCUGAUAACGUUACGGAUUGGUAUGCUUCUAAUAUCAGUACUGGCAAUUAUGACUGGUGUUGUUGGAUUGAGUGCUAUUGAACAAAGAUCAAAUAUAAACUAUGAUAAAGUUCAUGACGCUUCACACAUUAAGAAACCAGAAGAAGCUAUGGAUAAACUCGGAGUCCUGGUAUCUUCAGGGAUCAGUAUGAUGUCAACUAUUUUCAUGAUCACUGGCCUCUGUUUACUGUUCGGCACUCUAGCAGAUGCUGAAGGUCUCGUCCAAAUCUUCGUCUGGGUGACAUUCCUUAACGUCAUCAUAGGGUUCCUCAUGGUGUUCGGCACCGCCUUCGAAUGUCUGAUGAAGACGAGCUGCAUCCUGAGCGGUAUGGACUGGUUGUCCGGAUCCGCUUUGCUUGUUGUAAUCGUUGGUUACUUGCUAUUAUGGAUAUACUUCAUAUGCGUCGCCAAUAGUUACGUAAUGGGAAUAUACAGUUAAUUAUAACCCACAAAGAAUGCGGGCGGUGUAAUGUUCACGAAGGCUGUGAUUGGUUGAAAUUGAACGUGAACGAUGACGUCAUUGACUGUGAUUGGAAGAUAUUUAAAUUUAUUGUAACGAUCAUUAAUUGAAUUUUAAAAGUAAUAAUGGUUUUCGAAUUGUUAUUGUGACGCCAUUUAAAAAAAAAAUUUGAUUUCGCAAUUUAUUGACUAGAAUAGCCUAAAAUGAUAUUAUUGUUAUCGUAAUCAACAAUCAAUCGUUGUAAACAAGAUUUGAGUUUAAUGUACUUUAUGGAUAUUUUUAUAAUAUUUUUAGUCAUAAAAAUAAAUCUUAUUUUAAAA